UUUAGUUUUUCCCUCUCAGUUUACCCUUGCGUAGUCUUGGAUAAAAAUUUCAAACGGUUGUUUUCAAUAUUAGGUAACCAGUUGAUUUAUCGUGAUAUGUAUUAUUUUUGCCUGUUAGGGUGACAAAAAUAGCACUCAGCUGUGCUAUUAGAUAGCAGCUUAUUUUGUAAUCAUCGCAAUGUUCUACAAAUAAAAUAAUUCAAAAUUAUUAGGUAACCGUUGAAAAAUGAACAUGCGAUAAUGGUAAUAACCACUAAGUUAAAGGACUUGUUCAGAUUCGUAAAAUGUUCGCUGAAAUUUGUUUGGAAUCAUAUAACGACACCAUGCCCUAUGUUCGGUGACGGAAGCCACGAAACCUGUUACGAUAUCACUUAACUUUUGGACAGUAAAUUGUUCUAUCAUGUGACUUUAUGUGAUUCAAGUGUGUAAGUAAAGAAGUGCCUUAAGUAAUUUGCCGCUAUAAAAAUAUUAUAGGUUUGGCCAAACAACACAUGCACAUGCUGUUCAAUGGAUACCGAAAAAAAAUUGAUCUCGAAUUUAAAGAAGAGCUGUCGCAAAAAUGAGAAGAAGAAAAAAAAUGAAGACGGCGUGUUAGAAGAAGUGUGCCAACAAAUGAGUAGGUUGGCGGAAGAAGAUGCUGGUGGCAGUGUCUCGACGAGUUCCACCGACAGCGAAGACUUGGUAAAUGCUAUUAACUACAAUACCAUCACAUCACUAGCAGCUUUAAAGGAUAUAAUCCAAGGCGACAGCAAUGACACUCCUGAAACGGACACGUUCUUUCAACACUACUUCAUGAAUCAUUGCAACAGCCUAUCGAGUCGCAACAACGCGCCUUUUCCGUUUCCGGAGCGCCGGAGGCUAUCACAAUGCCGGGAAGAAGAUGAAGACGAUGAAAAGAAAGAUAGCGAUAUUCUUUCUUCUACAAUAUGGAAAGAAAUUAGCUCUGAGAUUAUACAAGAAUCACAACCCGACAACGUCACAAAACAAAUAGAAACUGAAGAUCAGAAUGCCAAUGUCGUCAGUGACAUGUCAUCUGGUGAUAGCCAGGUUAUACCAGAUGGACAGGACCGUCCUAAAAGGACCGUGAUGGGUGCUCGGCAUAAGUUUUUGGUUACAACGACUGAGCCACCAACUACUGCCCCGCCAUUAAUAGAACGGGCAUUAAGAUCACACAUACAUAAUGCCCAUACAGUUCAUUUUGGGACCAAAGGCGCAGAAGAACAGCGGCCAAAUGUGCGGUCGAUUUUCGCAGGACAGAAUCUCCACCACGAUAAACAUUACUUUGACAGCAGUUUAAUAGAAAUUAGAUCUACCGUUGAUGGAACGCCCGCCAGUUCCGAGGACAUUUGGGUCAAAAGAGCGGAAGAUAAACCUAAAGUCGUGCCCACCAAAGAAGAACCUGCUGUUGUCAAACCGGAAGCUGCAAGUAUAAAAAGGGAUGUGCCUAAAGCGACGAAGAAGCUAGACGAAGUCAGAGCAAGAGCCGGAACUUGGGGUGCCGCUUCUGGAAGCAAACAAAAACCUACUCCUAAAAUACCCAAGCUUAAGGAAAAGGAUGUCCGACGUAACAGCGAUGACAGGCGGCAGAAACGCGAACAGCGUCUCGAUGCAGCGAUCACGCGCAGUACGCAGUCGGUUGGGGAGCGCAAGCGGCGCGGCUCCAACGACGAUGGCCAGGCGCAUCCUAUGUACCAGCAGACCAUACAUGGAACCUCCGGAGUGAGUAGUAGACCUGCUCUCUUUGAUAUUCGGAAGACGAAGACUCCGCGCGGAGAAGUCAAGAAACAACCUUCCAUUAUACAACAGGUCAUGACUGCAGUUCAGAACAUCAAAAAAUCGAACACUCCUACCAAAGAUACAUCUAAAUCGGAGUCCAAAGCAGAGCCUGCCGUGGUCACGCCUGUGUUGAACACCAAAGAUGGCUCAGCGCAUCCACAUCCCGGCAGCGACACGCGGUAUUACCACACGGUAACUGCGUCGCCGUCCCGUCGUCCGAGUGCGAUGUCCAAAGUGAUGGAUUUGUUCCGCGGCCGCGCGUCCGUGCCUGGUCAAAGCGUACCAAUAGAGGGCGCUGAGAAGCGAAAAGCGAGGGCGUUAGCUCACCAACAACAGUAUGCUACAGGUGCGCACCUACGCAAGGCAUCAUCACAAGAGGCGCGCCGGUCUUCGCUAGGUCACGUGCCCACCAUAAGACAUCGCGCGUCGGACGCCUUCCUCGAUCCGCACCAUGCCGCCAUUUUGUUCCGGGAUUCACGAGGGUUGCCCGUGGCUGAUCCGUUCCUGGAAAAAGUCAGCCUUUCCGACUUGGAGGAAGAUGAGUCCCAGAUAUUCGUCAAGUUCUUCAAGUUCCACAAGUGCUACGACCUGAUACCGACCUCUGCGAAGCUGGUGGUGUUCGACACGCAGCUCCUGGUCAAGAAGGCAUUCUUCGCUCUCGUUUAUAACGGCGUCCGCGCCGCGCCCCUAUGGGACUCACAGAGGCAGAAGGUCGUGGGCAUGCUCACCAUAACAGACUUCAUCAAGAUCCUGCAGAUGUACUACACGAGUCCCAACGUCGCUAUGGAAGAGCUCGAAGAGCACAGACUCGAGACUUGGCGUCAAGUCCUAAAAGGCUCAGUGAUGCCGUUGGUGUCGAUCGGGCCGGACUGCUCCCUGUUCGAGGCGAUCCGGAUGCUGAUCACCAACCGCAUCCAUCGGCUGCCGGUCAUCGACCCCGAGACUGGCAACGUCUUGUACAUCCUCACGCACAAACGUAUCCUACGUUUCCUGUUCUUAUAUAUAAAUGAGUUGCCAAAGCCGUCGUACCUUCAAUGCAAGUUGCGCGACCUUCGCAUCGGCACGCUCAACGACAUAGAGACGGCCACUGAAGACACGCUGAUCAUCGACGCGCUGCGCAAGUUCGUCAACCGUCGCGUGUCCGCGCUGCCGCUGAUCGACGCGGACGGACGGCUCAAGGACAUAUACGCCAAGUUUGAUGUCAUAAAUUUAGCAGCUGAGAAGACGUAUAACAAUCUGGACGUGACCCUAAAGACAGCCAACGAACACCGCAACGAGUGGUUCGAGGGCGUCCAAAAGUGCACCCUCGAUGAAACACUCUACGAUGUCAUGGAAAGGAUAGUGCGAGCUGAGGUUCAUCGUUUGGUAGUAGUCGAUGAGAACGACAAAGUGAUCGGCAUUAUAUCGCUGUCCGAUCUGCUGAUGUACCUCGUGUUGCGGCCCACGGGCGAGUGCGGAGCGGGCGGGACUAGUCUCCGCAACGAGCACGCCUCCAUCGAGGAGAAGGACGAGAACACGAGUCCAGAGGGCGAACAGGCCGCCGACACCGGGACCGGACCUCCUGAGGGCUUCCAAGACGAAGCUGCCGCCCUCAGCCCCGCCGAUGGAGACCAACAGACUCACCAAGAAUGAUUUACUCGUAUCGUUAUUUAAAAAACCGUUUAAAACCUGAGCAGGCGACACGAUUUGUAUUAAAAUACCCUUUUUGAUUGAUUAUUUACAUGCAGCAAACAUUAUUGGCACUGCCUUGCUGAGCGCAGUAACUAGGAUAGGCGGUCUUGUCUGCUUGACGAACAAAUUUACGUCGUCUACUCAGGGUCUGUGUUCAGUAUAAACGCUUAUUUUUAGUAUAUACGAAACCUGGAAAUGGUUCUAUUUUCACACCAUGUUUUUUUGUCGAUCUUAUGCCGCCAACAAGUCUAAAUGAAAAUAAUGAGAUGAUACAACAGCCAUCGUUCAAGAUUUACACUUGAACACAUUAAAAAGUUUCGGUUUUAGUAUAUACCAAUAAUAAUAUUACAAAUAAUCACAUAGCCGUCAUCAUAUUUAAGUAUAUCACAUAAAUAUCAAUGUUCAUUCAAAUAAAACAUUUACAAUAUAACUUAUUAAAUUAAUGAUACGAUACAGUAAAAUAAUUCGUGGUAGGGUCAAGCGUCGAUAGUGAGUGCCAACAACGGUAUUGUGAUUUCGUUAUGAGUUUCUUAGUUAUAUAAAGCUUGCGUUUUGCGAGCGCGGUUUAUUUAAGUCUGCAUUUCCAUUUAAUUAAACUGUGUAGCAGUAGCAACUAACCAGUGUAAGUGGUGGGAUAGUUGACUGUCGGGGAUUGAUCCUCGACAUGUGGCGACAUCAGCUGGUGAGCUGGGAACACGGACGGAUCGAGAAGACCUCGCUUGGGUCAGCGCCUAGAACACACGUCUCUUACAAAUUAUUGUACCUAAUACCCCCACUGGAAACACAGUCCCGCAUUAAUGCUUAUAAAACACCCGAACAUAUUGGGCUUUUGAGGUAGAUCAAUAUGUUUGGGUGUUUUAUUCACGGUAGAUAUAGAAUAGGUACAAUCAUUAGUAAGAGACAGCCGCGGACAAGCGAAGUCUCCUCGAUCCGUCCGUGUUCCGGGGAAUGCGCCGGCGCAUUUCAAGGAUCAAUCCCCGACAUUGACUGAGUUUGAAAUGCGACUUGAGGCGUUACAGUUGACUUGGCAAAAGGAUUUAGAUAUUGCUUUCAGUCCAUUUAAUUUAAUAAAAUUCUAAACAAAUUGGCCUAACUGAUUUUGGAACGUUUUUACGUUUGGCUAACAUUUAUUUACAGUUUGAAGCGUCAUUAUACUUUAAUACAAUUUAUUUUAAAAUACCAUGAGUGAUCAUUGUUUUUUUUAAGUAUUUCCAAAAUUAAAGUGUAUUUGUAAAUCUUGCAUGUAGUUGAACUCAUGCUAUCAAAGUCCACUUUGUCAUGUUAAUAUUCCGAAGCCCGAUUUAUUCUUAGCAACCGUAUGUGAUCGAUCACUUUCAUAAGAUGGUUGUGAUUUUUUUAACUGUUUUCAUUUCACUAAUGGAUUUUGAUAUGUUUUUUUUUUUCAGUUUCAUUUUUGAUAUGUACUUUAUGUGUCUAUUCCAUUGUUUGUAUGAUAUUGUGUUUCCCCGUGUAAUGUGAUCCCUACGGGUUUCCUUUUUUGGCAGAAUCUAUGAGAUCCGAAUUGAAUUUGGCUUAACGAAUAUUUUCAUUGUUUUUAGGCAAAUGUAGAUUCAUCAAAAUUUAAAUUUGCUCUCACAAAAAUAUAUUUUAGCUUUUUGAGUAAAAUUUCACUUGGAUAUUCUGGUCAUAUAUACGAAACUGAUUUGGUUACCGAGUCGAUUGGUAAAUGAUAACAUUAUCAUUAAACCAUUAAGUUUACAACCAAAGACAUCCACGAACGUUUCGCCACCACACCUCUCCGUCAGUGAAUGCAGAAUUUUUGGACCAAUAACUUUUCACCCAAAGAAUAAUUGGUCGACGAAAAGCUAAUGGUUCAUUCGUGGACCAAUCGACUUUUAGUCAACCGUUUCAGUUCAAAAUUUUAAUUCAAUGAUUUUCUUUAAAAUUAUGUUUCUUUAAUCCAAAAAUUACAAAAAAAAAUCUGCUGUAAAAGAUAGACCCGGUUCUCUCCAUACUCCUUAAUCUUACUACAGAUUGUUGUAGGUUUAAGUUGGAUAAACAAUACAUGUGCUCGCAUAGCGGGCGUAACUCCAAUUUCAGGAACAUAUCUAACAACCAUACUAAGAUAGUAAUAAGUUUUGUAAUAUUAUAUUGUGCAUUCUCUCAGUACCUAGCCACCAAACAGUACUGUUAUUGCAUCUUACGAUAGUGUUAAUUUAUCAAAGGUGUUGUUGGUAACAGAUGUAGGUUCACACAACCUGAGCGACGAGAAUUUUACAAAUUGGUGUUUAGUAUGAUGCCAAGUAUAGUCGAUACUUCGUGACAAAACAAUUUUGUUGCUUACAUAAGAGCACAACAACUCAUGGUAUUUGUCGUUGUGUACCCGACAUCUGUCGCAGACCGCAUUCGUGAUUCAGUGUGUGAUGUUUUAAAUGUCAGGGCGUAGAUACAUGGAAUUCCUUGUAACCUCAUCAUAUUAAUCAAGUAGUUAUUUAAAUACAUGUAACUCAUAUUAUAUUACCCGUAUUAAAUUCGAUGUUAAAUGUUUAUGAUUAGCAGAUGUAAUCAUUCUAACUUCAUGUUUAAAUGUAAUACGUAGUUUGCAGAAAUUCCCUAUAAUUAUAAAAAGUGUCCACAAAACUAACGCCUCUUUUAGUAUAAAUAUUUUAUUGUUUGAUAGUAAUUAUUCGAAACUUGGAUUGUCAGAGCUACGAAGAAAAUCGUUAUGAACAAUUUUUCUGGUAUUAUACAUAUUGUUGAAAAACGUUUUGAUUUUUUUUUGGUCAUUUAGAAGUCUACAAAAGUAUUCAUGUAGAAAUAAACAAUUGGCUGUUCAAAUCAAUUAUGUAGCGUAGUAUUUUAAACAUUUUAAUAUAUUUAAAAUUAUUUUUGGAGAACUAAAUUUAUGUGUAGGAUAAGUGGUGAUGUUUAAAACUGUCGAUUCGACUUAUUACUAACAAACAAAUUAAUGUGUACCGAUGCUUCCCGUAAGUAUUAUAAAAUUGUGUUAUUAAUUUAUGAGUAGAGUAACUUAAAGUAUUGAUUCUAUCUGUUAUAAAUGUUGUAUUAAUAAAUUCAGACAAACAUCUUGUGAAAACAUUGUAUCUGAAAGUUUUAAGAAUUUUCUAGAUAUAUAUGACAAACCAUUGUGUAUAUAAUACGUAGUUCCAAAUGAAAUGAUACACAUUUCUUCUUAAUGUUACUUGUUUGAUGUUUGAGAGAAGAAAGCGCACAUGAUACGGCAUUAUGAGGUUUAGAAAUAAAACAUUGAUUCUGUCGC